AUGAAUUACAAAUCGAUUGUUUUUCGUGAAUUUACACAAGAAUCACUUCAACGUAUUAAACACUAUCGACAAGAAGAAGCUGAACAGAUUGUUUCUAAACAAUUACAACAACAAACAAUAUAUGAAGAUGAUACUAAUAAGAAGCUUCAUUUAAAUAAAUUAUCAAAAGAUAAAUCAAUCGAAUCUAAUCGAACGCCUAAUAAAGAAUUGGCCGUUGGACAAACAUUACCACGUGUUUUACAACAUAGAUUUCCAUCUGAACUUAUUGGAAAACCAAUUGAAGAAAUCGAUUCAUAUUAUCGUACUCAAUAUGUAUUUGUAGUUGUUGAUCGGAGUCAUACAAUAUUUCGAUUUAGUGCAACACGAGCUUGUUUUAUAUUUUCUCCAUUUAAUUGUUUUCGACGUUUAGCUAUACGUAUAUUAACACAUUCAUUUUUUAAUACAAUCGUUAUGCUUACAAUUUUAUCAAAUUGUAUAUUUAUGACAUUGAGAAAUGCACCAGAAGUGACUGAAUAUAUUUUUACAAUAAUUUAUACAUUUGAAGCAUUAAUAAAAUUCAUUGCAAGAGGAUUUAUUCUACAAAAAUAUACAUUUUUACGUGAUCCAUGGAAUUGGUUAGAUUUUAUUGUAAUUACAUUUGCAUAUAUAACAUUUUUUAUCAAUUUGGGAAAAGUUGCAGUAUUACGAACAUUUCGUGUAUUACGAGCAUUAAAAACUGUUGCAGUUAUACCUGGUUUAAAAAUAAUUGUUAAUGCUUUAAUACAAUCUUUUAUUGCUCUACGAGAUGUGGCUAUUUUAUCAAGUUUUAUUCUUUCUAUAUUUGCUUUGAUUGGAUUACAACUUUACAUGGGAGUUCUUCGACAAAAAUGUGUACUAACAUAUGAAUCAUUUCUCAAUAAUUCCAAAUUUUUCAGUAUUAGAUUUAAUAUGUCAUAUGAAUCCUAUUUAAAAGCAUUGAAUAAUGAAUCUACUUGGUAUCAACAAGAUGAUCUUUAUGUGCUUUGUGGUAAUUCAAGUGGAAGUACAAAAUGUCCUGAGAAUUAUAUUUGUUGGAAAGAUCGAGGCAUAAGUCCUGAUUUUGGAUAUACAAGUUUUGACAAUUAUGGUUGGGCUAUGCUUGCAUGUUUUCGUUUGAUGACACAAGAUUAUUGGGAAAAUCUUUAUCAAUUAGUAUUAUCAGCAGCUGGUCGUUAUCAUUUUUUUUAUUUUGUUGCUGUCAUAUUUUUUGGUUCAUUUUAUUUGAUUAAUUUAAUCUUAGCUAUUGUUUCAAUGUCUUAUUUGGAACAACAAAAACAAAUUGAAGAUGAAAAUAAAGAAUUUGAAAGACGUAAAAUUGAAGAUGAACUUGAAAUACAAAAUGAAAAAGAACAAAAAGCAUUAAAAGUUCAAUCACAUUUACAUAUUGAAAAUAUUUCAUAUGAUGACAAUUUAGAUCGUCAAAUCUCCUAUGAUACUAUUUUGAUUGAAUAUAUACAAAAUGAAAACACAAAUAAUUCAAAAAAAAAUAUGCAAUCAUCUCAAACAACAUCAUCAAUUCAUCAAUUUAAUAAGUCACAUUUCAAUUUAUCGAAUAUAUUAAUAAAUGAUGAUGCAGAAAUAAUGUUUAUUGAUGAUACAAGACCAAAUUCACCAAAUGAAAGUCAAAAUAAUAAAAAAACAAGAAGUUAUUCUCAUAUAUUCGAACAAAAUCAAAAUUAUCAUGAUUCAAUUGUUACACUUCAUCAAUCUAAAUCUUCUCCAAGAUGUUCUACAAUUACUGAAGUAUUACCUGCUCUUGAAAUGGAUAAAAUGAAUGUUCGAACAGAAAAUAUAGAUUCAACAAAUACAUGUAAACAAACAGUUAUCAAAAUUCUACAAAUUUGUUGUUGCAAAUGGAUUUGUAACUUGUGGAUAUUUCAAAAAUUUCGAGUACGUUUUCAUUAA